GUACACGUAUCUGAUGGCAAUCUGGAUCAAUAAUCAGAUCUAGGGCAGGAGUUUUUGAGUUUCUCAUGAGAUUCGCAGAGUUAUGCAUUGCAAAUGCCAUAAUUGCUUGAAACUCUAAGCAAGUCUUGCUGCCCUGGCAUGACCUUGAUCAUUGUUUUAGGAUACAUUGUGUUAUUCACAAUUUACCUCUGAAUGGGGGAAGCUAAUAGUGAAGUUUGUGGGGCGGUGUUAAGUGAAGGAUUGAUGGAAUUUGAGAAGCCAAAGGUUGCUCCUUUGGAAUGUGAAAAUAAAAAUGUGGUGGGGGGCACGGAAUCAGAGCUGUAUAGCAAGAAGAAGGCAGAUGAUCUUCUAGCUCAUAUUGACAUUGAGGGCUUCAUGCACAACCAAACAUGUGAAAGACCGAAGAACAAUGAAUUGGAGUCACUUGCUGAGGGGAAGGGAAAUGAUGACCCAAAUUGUCAUGGUUUAAAACACUGUUCUACUAAUGAAGUGAAGGAAGUUUCAAAUGAUGAUAUGUUCUCAGAAGUCUCAAAUCCUAAUUUGUCACCUUGGGAUCACACUUCGAGCUUCCAGACAAUAAGUAGUUCACUGGUUGAGUGCACAAUUAAUUCUCAAGUUGUUUGUGCUGAAAUAACAUCUUCUUGUUCAGGCAGAGAAGAAAGUUUAGACGUGGAAGACCCAACAAGCAAUGAAGCAUCUGGACCGGAUACUGCAACACGUAUAGUACUUGAAAUUCCAAAGGAAUUUAACACCACUGGUGUUAGGAAGAUUACAUUAAAGUUCAGAGAAAGCACUGAUAAGAGUCAACUCUCAGUUUUGACUACCUCACCUUUCACUAAGGGAGACCUUUUUGGAUUUAAUAAUCAUUCAGUUUGGAAUCCUGUAGAACCUAGUGGUGUGGAUGUGGAAUUCGAUUCAAGCACAACUAAGGAAUUGUAUCAAACAGGGAAUCCUUGCCUACAUCCUCCUAACAUGGGACUGAAAAUGACUAAGAAGGUUGUUCCUGACAUCUACCCGACCAAUGUCAAGAAGCUCUUAUCAACAAAGAUAUUGGAAGGAGCACAUGUGAAGUAUAUUUCAACAUCUGGCCAGAAACAGCUUCCUGGGAUUGUAAAGGAUUCUGGGUAUUUAUGUGGAUGCUCUUUCUGUAACUUCUCCAAGGUUUUGAGUGCCUAUGAAUUUGAGUUGCAUGCUGGCGGAAAGACCAGACACCCAAAUAAUCAUAUAUAUUUGGAGAAUGGAAAGCCCAUUUAUAGCAUAAUCCAUGAACUAAAGACUACACGGCUCGACCUUAUCGAUCCAAUGUUAAAAGACGUGGCUGGUUCUUCCAUUAAUGAGCAAAAUUUGAAGACAUGGAAAGGAACACUCCUGCUGAGCCGUGAUGGUGUUGGGUCAAACAGCUUUUAUGAUGGCAAUUCACCAGGCAUCUUUCAUUCUACAGCAAGUCAGUGGACAAAAGAUUGCAUCUCUGCUCAAAAUUCCUAUACUGAGUUCUUCCUGAAUCAGCAUACUAUCAUGGAUAUGCCAGAGGAGCAAAAACAUGUGCGUAAAAAGGCAAGAUUAUUCACAGGUUCAGUUACUGAACAGAAGAAAACUUCUGAAGGUGGCCCAAAGAAAAGGGAUAAUGACCUGCAUCGGUUGCUAUUCAUGCCGAAUGGACUUCCUGAUGGAACUGACUUGGGCUAUUAUUCAAAGGGAAAGAAAAUUCUUGGGGGCUACAAGCAUGGAAAUGGUAUACUUUGUAGUUGUUGCCACACCGAGAUAAGUCCAUCCCAAUUCGAAGCUCAUGCUGGAUGGGCUGCUAAACGUCAACCUUACCGUCACAUAUUUACCUCUAAUGGAUUGACGUUGCAUGAUAUUGCUUUAAUGUUAGCAAGUGGUCAAAGUGUUGCCACCAACAGUAGUAAUGAUAUGUGUUCUGUGUGCGGUGAUAGAGGAGAAUUAAUCAUGUGUGAUGGAUGCCCUCAGGCUUUUCAUGCAGCCUGUUUAUGUGUUGUCGGUGUGGAUUAUGCUCCAUCCAGCAAUUGGCUUUGUCCACACUGUCAACCUAGACCCGAAAGAAAUGGACAAGAUACAAAUGCAGAAUCUAGGCCUAUUAUUAUACGUCUCACUAGGGUGGUUAAAGCACCAUCAUAUGAAAGUGGGGGUUGUGUGGUGUGCAGGAUACCAGAUUUUAGUCCUGAAACUUUUGAUGACCGAACAGUUAUGCUAUGCGACCAAUGUGAGAAAGAGUACCAUGUUGGCUGCUUGCGUAAAAUUGGGCUUUGUGAUCUUAAGGAAUUGCCAACAGAGAAAUGGUUUUGCUGUUGUGAAUGCAAUACAAUUUAUUUAGCCCUUCAGAAUUGUGUUAUGAAGGGAUCUGAGGCGGUUAAUCCUUCAGUAUCAGCUACCAUAACUAAAAAGCAUUUAGAGAGAGGUUUAUCUGAUGGAGAUACUAAUGAUAUCCAAUGGAGAAUUUUGAGUGGGAAAAGUCGCUAUGCAGAGCAUCUACCACUAUUAUCCAAGGCUGCUGCAAUCUUCAGGGAAUGCUUCGAUCCAAUUGUAGCCAAAACUGGACGUGAUCUUAUACCUGUAAUGGUGUAUGGGCGGAACAUAUCUGGUCAAGAGUUUGGUGGUAUGUAUUGUGUUGUCCUCUUGAUCAAGUCAGUUGUUGUAUCAGCUGGUCUUCUUAGGGUUUUUGGACAAGAGGUUGCUGAGCUUCCUUUGGUGGCUACGAGUAGGGAAUACCAGGGGAAGGGCUAUUUCCAUGCAUUGUUUGCAUGUAUUGAUAUGCUACUACAUUCCAUGCACGUUAAAAACCUAGUGCUACCUGCUGCUGAGGAAGCUGAAUCUAUCUGGACAAAGAAAUUAGGGUUUAGAAAGAUGACCGAUGAGCGGGUCAGUUUAUUUUUCUUUUAGCUCAGUUUCUACAUCUAGGCAUGUUGGGAGUUUGGAAAUUGUUAAACUGUUCAGGUCAAACCUCCAUCUCAGCAGUUUUCAAAAUUUGCUACUAACAUCUUACAUCGACACAGCAUUACAAAGACUGGGAGUUGUGUUUAUGUCAACGGUCUAUCUUCCACAAUCUUUUGAAUUUAUACUACUGAAACUAAGUAUACAGCAGCAGUCACUUGUCUCUAACUAUCUCAAUUCAGUGUUGGCAGGAACUGCGAUUUUAGGCUACAGUUAAGGUUUGAGAUGUUGUCUAACCAUUUAUCAAUCUGUAAACAGUAUUUGAGGUACUCAAGAGACUUCCAGUUGACGGUUUUCAAGGGGACUUCAAUGUUGGAGAAAAAAGUGCAGCAGGCAUGCAUAUGAUGGAUGCUUUGUGAUCCAUUAAUUGUGAAGUUUCCGAGGUGUGCGGUUGGCAAAUCAAUCUUGCUUGUGUAGGUGGAGACCUCUAGAAGCACAUUGGCUGUUACAAAGUUCAGGAUUACUGAGUUCCAUCUAUACUGAUCAUUAAAUAAGUAAGUCUCUUAUUCUUUCCCUGCCGUCUCAUCGAAAAGAAGUGCGUAGCUUUUUUGACAAUGAACAAAAAGGAGCAUGCUAUCAUUUGACUACCCAUGGAUCUACCUUUUGUUUUGGGUUUUCAUGGAAUUCAUUCUCUCCUUCCUCGUGUACAUGAUCCCUGAGACCUGGAAAUAAAUUUUGAUUUUGUUAGUUCAACGACAUAAAGGACUUCUAUAUUUUACUUGUCAGUGUUUUGGUGAUACCUUUAAUCUCCGUUGAAUUGUCUUAGAUGAAAAGAAAAGGAAAAAAGAUUU